CGCCUCCAUGUUCAUGUCUCCAAUGUGCAUGCAAAAGAAAUUGACUUUGAACAAAACUCAAACAUAGUCAUGUAUCAUAUUUGUACUUUCACACAUUGAAAAACCACACCUAGGCAGAAUUUCCAGCCAUCUGAGCGAGCCAUCUUUAUUAUUGGUGUAAUCAGCCACCCUCUCUGACAUACACAGAAAGAGGAAGAGACAGCACAAGUGACAACAGAAAGAGCUUGGUUCUAUUAAAUUCAUGCAUAUAUCGACAUUUUUGUUCAUUACUUUCUAACAUUUGAGCAAUGAAAUUCAGUGGUCCAGUCUAAGAAGAAGCUUUAAAGAGAGAUGUGAUGGUGAACUUAGAACAGAGAAAAGCCUCGGAAAGAGCGCCACUGUGGACACUGUGGAAGCAGGACUACUAAGGGACUUUUAAGAUGGCAGAAAUAUAAAUUGCAUAAAACCAUGGAAUGAUUCUAAUGUGAAAUGCAAUAAAAAGUCCAACAACUGCAGGGUGGAAAAGGAAAGACAGAAAUCAGCCUGGUUCCCCAGUUUCAUUUUUACAAACAAGGAAACUUUGGAAUGACCGAAUUACAAACAAACUAAUGGACAAAUGAAUAAACCACCUAAUUGAUAAACUGUUUUGAGCUAUCAUUAAACAAGUAGUCCUACUUGCCAUAUAAAUAAUGCUCUAGGACUAACACUUCUUGGGCUGAGUUGGACUAAUUUCGACGAGAGGGUAAAUGUUCUCUCAGAUAAACCAAAAUUUGGAAGUCAUAUAACUGCUACGUUUAACAAUUCUUUGUUACUUCAGCUAGUGAGAAACCAUUAAAUCAAUCAAUUCUGUAACCACUGUAUCACAGACCUCAGAAGAAUGUUUAUUUCAGUACUUGUCUUGACAACACCCUUCCUCUUCAUAAAUUUUCCUCCACUCCCUGCUCAGACCUUCAUACCCAUAACACAGCAUCAUAAACCAGCUUUGCAUACCCAAUCACAACUCACAAAAUACAUGCAGCGUCCAAGUACAGUGACCCAGCAUCUAAGUAUGACCUUACCUCCAACUGAUACUGGUGUCCUAACUCACCUGGAAACUUCAAGCACACCUCUGUCAGAGUCUAAAACCCUGGAAACGACCAUUCAGCCAGUUCCUGAAAUAACACUUCUACCAAUUUCAAGAACUACUUUAUCUGCUUUCCAGUCUAGACCACAAAUUAAAACUUCAACUACUAAAAAUUACACAACGUGGCCCAUCACAACAAGUACGCCUCAGCAUUUUAAAACAUCAGAUUCUCCAACAAGUGGACAUCAGCAUUUUAGAACAUCUGAUUCUCCAACAAGUGGACGUCAGCAUUUUAGAACAUCUGAUUCUCCAACAAGUGGACGUCAGCAUUUUAGAACAUCUGAUUCUCCAAUAAGUGGACAUCAGGAUUUAAAUAUAUCUGAUGCUCCUAAAUACUCUGUCUCCUUGGACAAAAAAAUGCACAAGACUGAUGCAGAUAGCACAACUGCCACUUUCACUGUAAGUCAGAUUCAAUCCACAGUUUCCAAAGCCAAUCACUUGAACUUGUUAUGGGUCAUAAUUAUCACAUUUUUUGUCAUUUGUAUGGGUGGAGGAAUUAUAUACACCCUUGUCAAGCUCAGGAAGAAGAAGCGCAGUGAAAAUUUGAGGACUAGCUUUCACAAUGGAGGAAGUUACAACAAAAAGAAGAAAAACCCAGUGAACGAUGCCUGGGCUGGCCCUAUGCCUGCCAGUGGAGAAAAGGAAAUGGAGGAGGGGGGAGAGGAGGAAGAGGAGGUGCAGGAGAAAAGUAAAGAAGGGGACGAGGAGCAGAUGAUGCUGAGUACUUUCACAACAAUCCAGGAAGGGAAGGUUGAGGCACUAGGAGGAAAUCUGGGAGAGAAUGAGGCAGACAACAAGGAAGAAGUGCCUCUGUUACACAGCACCAAGGAUGGCGGGGAGAGCAACCCCCUGACAGCCUCCCUCUCCUCCUCUCUACUGCCCCCAGUGGGUGACGAUGCAGAGGGUGAGCAGGAUGGUCAAGCUUUCUGUCUUACUACAGCUGUUUAAGAAUAAUGGAGUGAGCUUGUCUCUCAUCAAAUGAAGACCAAUUAAUAAAUGCAGGUUUCAGAUUUGACUUGUCUAUAUCCCAAAAUGUGCCGAAACUUCCAAAGAAGCCUUUUCUGUAAAAUUUUUGUUCUUCUCAUCAACAGACUUAUUCAAAGAUUACAGAAUUUUCCUAUGAAUGACCCAAAAAUAUAUACUGUGUGUGUGUGUGUGUGUGUGUGUAUGACUCCCUAACUCCCAUGUACUAUAUAUAUAUAUAUAUAUAUGUGUGUGUGGUGAAUCACCAUUGCUUAAACAAGUAUAGUAGCAAACUAUAAAAACCGUGUUUUCAAACAGGUGUCAGACAGUUGUUUUUGGGGAAUUAUUUGUCAAUUAUGCUCAACUAAACUCUUUUUUGUGUGAAUGAAGUAUUUUUCUACUAAAAGGCACAAUAGAUAAAAUUUAUAAAAUACUGAAAUAUCAGAGGUUAACCAAAGCAUGCUUGGGAAAAGGCAGAAAUAGGAGUUCAACUGCAUGGGUCAUCAUGGACAUAAGUGUGAUUGUACAAUAUAAGAUGGUUAUUACAAUCGUAUUACAAACUUCUCUUUAAAUUAUUAAAUCUACAUGGGAACUGCACAAAGAAAAACUAUUACAUGUCUCUUAAAAAGCUGUGUUCUGUGAUGAGGCACCUGCUGAAAAAGAAUAAAUUGAAACUUGAUCGGUUUGCAUUCAA